GAGGGGGCGGAGCUUCGCGACGAGACCCAUAAAACCCAAAGCUUUGUUCCUCCGCUCACUGCCAAGGUGACGCGCUCAGCGGCUGACGAAUAGCUCCGACCAGCGUGGCUCGCGCGCGCGCUCACGCACACGCACACACUCACUCACUCUCACACACACGCAUACGCAGCAGAAGCAGCGGAGUGGGCAUGAACGCGGCCGGGUUCGGGAUUUUUCGGUCAGAGGUUCGCUCCCGGUUCGGCACUCCAAGAAGAACCAAACCCGGGCAGAAGUGACGCGUUUGAAGCCGGCACGGGACCCCGCAGAGAAGACGUGCUCCCGGCGCUCGAUAUCCUCCACCCCGCCCUGGAGGAUAACUUAUCCGCAGUCUCGAACACCGGACUACAGAGGCUCUGCAGCGGGAAUAUGACAGCUGGCUCGGGCGACUGAAGGGAGCGAUAAUCGGUGCACGCGCUCGGUAUUUGUAUUGGGGUGGCCGCACGGCCAGAUUAUGCAUCAUCCUUUGGACAUGGCGACGCAUUACUACGCUCCGGAGGUGCUUCCGCACGACCACAGGACUCAUCGCUACCGGAGCUUCAUGAUAGAGGAGAUCCUGACAGAGCACCCGGAGCAUAAAGCGUCGGCUCCCGCCGGGGAGCUGCUUAAGUUCGGGGUGCAGGCUCUCUUGUCCGCCCGGCCUUUCCAUAACCAGCUGGUCCUAAAGACCGACCAGACGAGCCUCCUCAAAUUCCCCAUGUCCCCGCUGUCCUGCUCGCUGGGCUCCCCGCUCAGCGCGCAGCUGCUGUCGGCGGCGUCGGGCCUGCAGAUAGGCGCGGCGUCUCACCACCUGCCGCUGGACCUGCACCUCCGCGGGAAGCUGGAGCACGGGGCCGACGGAGGCGGCAAGAGCAAGAAGGGCCGCCGGAGCCGCACCGUGUUCACCGAGCUGCAGCUCAUGGGGCUGGAGAAGCGCUUCGAGAAGCAGAAGUAUCUGUCGACGCCCGAUAGACCUGGCGGAGUCUUUGGGCCUCAGUCAGCUGCAAGUGAAGACGUGGUACCAGAACAGACGGAUGAAAUGGAAGAAAAUUGUGUUGCAGGGUGGAGGUCUGGAAUCUCCCACGAAACCCAAAGGCCGCCCAAAGAAGAACUCCAUCCCCAGCAGCGAGCAGCUGUCCGAACAGGAGCGAACCGCGGCCGACGCGGACCGCCAGUCCGAAGGCUCGAGCUCCCACUCGGAGAACGCUCAGGAGGAGUGACCCUGUUACCCCCUCCGCCCACGGCCCGCAGCCGCGCGGACACUCCCGGCUCUACACGCGCACUCGGCGUAUUUUUUUUAGAUUUUUUAAAUGUUACUUUUCUUCUUCCGGGUGGAGCGGGUGGGCGCCGGUGCUUUUGAAGCGGGAACGUCUCGCGCCGGCUCCCAGAAGACUACUCGCGGGCCCCUUGCAGGAUAGCCUGGACUAUUAACACACGCUGACAUCCUCUAGCAGCCGCGAGUUGUUGUUGUUGUUGGUUUUGUUGUUGUUGUUUUAACCACGCGCUCCCCUGGUGGUGAACUUGCUGCUGUUGAGUAGCUCAACACUUCGCAGUAGGUCUUCCCCUUUAUAUUCUACGGAGAUACGGUUGUUUGCAUUCCCUCUUUGUGUAACUAUGCCAUGUUUAAUUAUUAAAUAUAUUUUCACAAUUACAAUGUUCUCUGUUUAUUAUACAAGAGGCAGGCUUGUGAGAACGAUUGCAUGUGAUGAUGAUGAUGAUGAUAGCUUCCAGGCUCAUCUGUCAGUGGUGUUCACGUGGCUCAGGGCCUAAUAUGGUUACAUAUCAGAAGUGGAUGUGUCACGUGACUUUAUAUCAGGUCGGAAUCACAUCACGAGCAAGUUGCAUGAUCGCUGCAUGCCCACAUUAACGGCCGGGCUUAUUUCGUGUUGGUUCUUGGUUUAAUUGCUGUCUUGUUAAGUCGCGGAUUCAUUAUUUGUUUUGUGUACGAAUUGAUGAAGAAUGGACUUUUUGAUUUAUUUUGAAAAUCCUUUUCUGCUGCAGGUGAAGAAAACAUAUCCCCUGCUUAAAGUUGUGGCUUUGCUUUUAUUCAUGUUCCCACUUCAGAGGCCCAUCAGCGCCUGUGUUAUAUGCGUAUCAUUACAUUAUGUAUAUAUUAUGUGUGUUUAUGCUUAAACAGAGAAAACUUACUUUUGUUAAUAAUUAAUUAUUUGUACUGUUCAUUUUCGUUUUGUGCAAACGGACACAUUUUCUCAGGCUGUUGUUGGUUGUACUCGCAUGCUUUUUUUUUAAAGCAAGAGGACUCACACUGGACAGCGAAAAGAGUGUAUUUAUUUUUAGUAGAUUUUUUUUACGAGUUAACAUUGAACGUCGUAUCGACUCAUGAAGAUCAGAAACGGUUUUAUUACUCUAACUCUAUUUAUUAACAUCUAUGCGUCUCCAAAGAAUAAAUGCGGCUCAAACAUUC